UGGGGGGUGGUAGCUGACUCAACUCUGCUCCCCCCUAAGCCCUAACAAAUGUCAUCAAGGGAUGGGGGCAGUUUUCCCUUUGGUGCCCUGGGCUGCCGCCCUGCCCUUUUGUGACGACUUGCCCUUCUUUCUCUCCUCAGCUGAUCUUGCCUUUUCUCCAGGACCUGACCUGCUUUUUGCCUGCCAGCUCUUGUCUCUCCCACCCCCUAAGUCUCCCUCAGUCUGUGUUGGGUUGAAGGUGGGGACAAGGGCCACGGGUACUGGUGGUGUUAUAAAACCAGUAGCCUCUCCUGAUUUGGGGAGUUCAGAAAUAGGGGGUCUCAGAGGGUUGGGAAGAAACUUCUAGGAAAGCCUUUGUGGGGUGGGGAUGAGGGUGGUGGGAUUUGACCCCACAGAACUGACCAGGCUGGAGCCAAGGAGGAGGCUUGUGGGAGGGGGCAGGGAUGGGAGGACUCUGUCUGGCCCAGCCCCUCCUCUCCUUCCCAGCCUGCUCCUGCCACCCACCAGUCUGAGCUGCUGCUGCUGAGGCUGGUCUGCCUGAAGUUUCCCAGGGCAGAAGGGAAACCAGGUGGGAAUGGAGGGAGGGAAAGGCAGGUGGGAAGAGAGCGUUGAUGGGGAAAGAGUUGGGGUCACUCAGAGCCCCAGGGUGGGUGGGAGUUGGAGGCCUUGUUGGAGUGAGGGAUGUGCAUCUAGGUGUAUGUGAUGGUGUGGGUGUGUGAAAGCAGUAGGGAUUUGUUUAAGGUGUGGCAUUUGUGGAAUUUGGUCCAGAUGCUUGAGUUUGCAUGUAAGGUGUGAGGGUAUACAAUAUUUGGGGGUUUGAAGGUAUGAAGAUUAAGUUAUAAGAGGGCAUGUUAAAGAUAGGAAGGUCCUGAGGGGAGGGCUGACCAUGUGUCUGUCCCUCCAGGUUAUGCAGAGAGGAUUAGGAGUGGAUAGGUAAGAGGGGUGGUGGAGGGCAUGUUUUGGGUGUGAGCUUGUACGAUGCUGAAUGGAUCAUGAUAAGCUACAGGAUAUGAUGGUCUUAGUUAAAUGUACACAAAGGUGUAGACAAUCCUGGUGGCUAGUGUGUGAAGGUGAUUGUCCUGACCCCCUUAGAGGGUACCAGCAGACGGCUCUUGGAGGGGCUGGGGCUGGAGAAGUUAACAAGGAGAGGGGAAGGGCAGCCAUUAACCUCUUCUUGCCUGCAGCCCACAGAGUCCAGAGUAAAUGAGAAUCAUGGGGUCCCAGGCUGAGCUGUGCCCUCUCUUAGGCGGACUCUCAUUCCUCCUGCUCCUGAUGUCAGGCCAAGGGGCCAAGGGUGGAUCUCUCAAAGAGAGUCAGGGGGUCUGUUCCAAGCAGACACUGGUGGUCCCGCUCCGCUACAACGAGUCCUACAGCCAACCGGUGUACAAGCCCUACCUGACCCUGUGUGCUGGAAGGCGCAUCUGCAGCACCUACAGGACCACUUACCGUGUGGCGUGGCGGGAGGUGAGGCGGGAGGUGCAGCAGACCCAUGCCGUGUGCUGCCAGGGCUGGAAGAAGCGGCACCCGGGGGCGCUCACCUGUGAAGCCAUCUGCACCAAGCCUUGCCUGAACGGAGGCGUCUGCGUUCGGCCCGACUGGUGUGAGUGCGCCCCCGGCUGGGGAGGGAAGCACUGUCACGUGGACGUGGAUGAAUGUAGGGCUGGCGUCGCCCUCUGCUCACAUCGUUGUCUCAACACGGCGGGCAGCUUCACCUGCAGCUGCCCCCACGGCCUGUUGCUGGGCCCAGACGGGCGCACCUGCACAGCGGGGUCCCCGGAGACGCCAACCGGCGCCAGCAUCCUCAGCGUGGCCGUUCGGGAGGCGGAACUUGACGAGCGCGCACUGAGGCGGGAGAUUCGCGAGCUGCGAGGGCGCCUGGAGCGGCUGGAGCGGUGGGUCGGUCAGGCCGGGGCCUGGGUCAGGGCGGUGCUGCCCAUGCCGCCCGAAGAGCUGCAGCCCGAACAGGUGGCUGAGCUGUGGGGCAGGGGCGACAGGAUCGAAUCUCUCAGCGAUCAGGUGCUGCUGCUGGAGGAGAGGCUGGGCACCUGCUCCUGCGAGGACAACAGCCUGGGCCCUGGCCUCCAUCACUGAUGAGACUUGCAGUGCUCCUGCCCCCUAAUUUAUACAGAAACUGGAUUCACUAAUCCUCUGGGAUUGGCCAACUGGGAGCUGCAGAUAAGGCUAUCAGCCACGAGGAGCAAUGAGCAAUGGAAACUUCGGAGAGCUGGAGAAAAGGGAAGGCGGGUGGUCUUGACCUACCCCUGAGCUCUCUGGCUGGGGGCAGGUUGCCUGGGCAAGGACUGCUUCUUCAACUCCUUAACAAAUGUAAUCAGCAAGCACCCAGAUCUCUCUCUUUAUUUUCAGUUUCUUGCUUUUAUCCAGGUAAUUAAUAAAAACCAAUCACACAAAA